AUGGAAACGGCUAAGGAAUCCUCUAAAAAGAGGAAAAGAAAGCAUGGAAAUUCCGGCGAAAGCAUUCGGAAGAAGGAGAAAGCUACCACCCUACCAGGAACUGAUGCCCCCAGCGCUGCUCCCUCAGCAACGUUGAGGAAACCGAAGGAGUCCAAGAAACGCAAAACAGAUCAUUCUGAUGUCAGCGAUGGGGAGGAGGACGGGGACCUUGGCAAGAUAGCUAAGGCGAAUGAAGAGGAGCCUGACCGUGAGCUGGAAACGACUGAUGAAGCGGAGCAGGUGGAGUUACCCCAAAGUUCAGCUGGGGAGAAAGACGGAGAUGCGGACAAAGAACAAGAAGUAGAUAGCGACGAGGAGGGGGAAGAAAAGCCAACAAAUGGAAAAUCAAAUGAAGUCCAGCUGGAGUUACCCUCUGUGAACGCCGUGUCGCUUCCGCAAACAGAAGCGGAACCGCAGAAAUUCUCGGAGCUGAACCUGUCCGACAAGACUAUGAAGGCGAUUGCGGAUAUGAAGUUCGAGACAAUGACGGAGAUUCAGCGCCGGGGAAUACCUCCACUCUUGGCGGGGAGGGAUGUUCUGGGUGCGGCGAAGACAGGGUCGGGGAAGACGCUGGCGUUCUUGAUACCUGCUGUGGAGAUGCUGAGUGCACUGAGGUUUAAACCGAGAAAUGGAACGGGUGUUAUCGUUGUGUCCCCAACUCGAGAACUUGCGUUGCAGAUAUUUGGUGUCGCGCGAGAGCUGAUGGCUCACCACUCACAGACAUACGGUAUCGUUAUUGGAGGAGCGAACAGGAGGGCUGAAGCAGAGAAGCUUACGAAAGGCGUUAAUCUGCUAAUUGCGACUCCCGGCCGCCUUCUUGAUCACCUUCAAAACACGCAAGGAUUUGUGUUUAAGAACCUCAAGGCUCUUGUGAUCGAUGAGGCAGACCGGAUUCUCGAAGUCGGCUUCGAAGAUGAAAUGCGCCAGAUCAUUAAGAUCUUGCCUGCUGAGGAUAGGCAAACAAUGUUAUUCUCGGCCACGCAGACGACAAAGGUAGAAGACCUUGCCCGUAUUUCGCUCCGGCAGGGACCGCUUUAUAUCAAUGUCGAUCACCGCAAGGAGCACAGCACAGUCGAGGGCUUGGAACAAGGCUACGUCAUCUGCGAUUCCGACAAACGAUUUCUCCUCCUCUUCUCGUUCCUGAAGCGUAAUUUGAAGAAGAAGAUAAUUGUUUUCUUCUCCAGCUGUAACUGCGUCAAGUACCAUGCCGAAUUACUGAACUAUAUCGACCUCCCCGUCCUUGACCUCCACGGCAAACAGAAACAGCAGAAGCGCACAAAUACGUUUUUCGAAUUUUGCAAUGCAACUCAGGGGACGCUGAUAUGCACGGAUGUUGCCGCGAGAGGCUUAGAUAUCCCCGCUGUUGAUUGGAUCGUUCAAUUCGAUCCUCCCGAUGAUCCCCGGGACUACAUCCACCGCGUUGGCCGAACAGCACGUGGCGCAAAUGGCAAGGGUCGAAGCUUGAUGUUCCUACAGCCAUCUGAAGUGGGCUUCCUCAAGCACCUGAAGGAGGCUCGAGUCCCCGUCGUCGAGUUCGAUUUCCCAGCUAAAAGGAUUGUCAACGUUCAAUCUCAGCUGGAGAAACUCAUCGGACAGAAUUACUAUUUGAAUAAGUCCGCCAAAGACGGAUACAGAUCGUACUUGCAAGCUUACGCCUCACACUCGCUCCGCUCCGUCUUUGAUGUCCACAAACUCGAUCUCGUCAAAGUAGCCAAGAGCUUUGGCUUUCCAACCCCUCCCCGCGUCGACAUUACCCUAGCCGCCAGCAUGAGCCGGGAUAAAAAGCAACAGGGUCGACGGAAUUAUGGCAGUCAGCCUAAACAUGCGCCGAAGUUUAAACGGAAGGCGGAGGCUUAAGGUGUGGGUUUAGUCCAAGACGUUGAAGUUGCGUCUUGGCAUGAACGUGACAUAUAUAUACAUACCGCGCAUACGAUAAACAUCCCUCCUGUGCUUUAUCAUCGGUUUUUUUUUUAUGUUCUGUGGAUAGGUAAAUGGUGUACUAGAUAGUUAGGCGUUGACGCAUCGCUCUCUCUUUGUUUUUCCGUUUCGUUGCUUGAUUACUAGACAAAAAACAUUCGGAGGAUUUGGCCUACCAACACCCUCUAAAGGGCCCUUUAAUUUCUUUGUGGCUCUUGAAAACCAAAAUACGUGGAAGGUAAUGUGAUGAACUAUAUAUACCCGGGUAGACCUCUAGAGGAACGAGCCCAUCUAUGCAGUUACAUGAAUGUAUGUGCUUCUGAAUCAUCC